AUGCCAUUGAAAGCUUUCCAAUUUGGCGAACAAAGUUGUGUCUUUCUUUCAUCAAAAAGAAAGACAUUGAAAGUUCAAUGCUUUUGUCCGAAAUUAAAAGUGAAUCCUAUAAAAGAAAAAUCAACAAUGGUGGUGGGUCAGCCCAACAUGCUUGUAGUUGGUGAAGUAGUUGAGUGUUGGCACGUGGGAGCUCAUAAACAGCUUAAGGUUCGCACGUGGGAAAUGGGCCGAUUGAUUUUGAUUGUUGUAGAAAACUAGGGUUUUAAGGCGUAGAUCAGG